AUUCUACAACAAACACAUUCUUCUUAACACUAAAUACCUUUUUUCUUUUCGUCUUCAUUCGCACAAAAAAAUGUCGGGAAUCGUUGUGAUUUUCGACUUCGACAAGACCAUUAUCGAUAUCGAUAGUGACAAUUGGGUCGUCGAUGAGUUGGGUGCAACCGAUAUGUUCAACCAACUUCUGACCACCAUGCCAUGGAACACCGUCAUGGACAAAAUGAUGAACGAGUUGUAUUUGCAAGGUAAGAGCAUUGGAGAUAUCGAGGAUGUACUGAAACGAGUCCCAAUACAUCCUCGUGUUGUACCGGCUAUUAAAGCCGCAUACGCCUUAGGGUGCGAUUUGAGGGUGUUGAGUGAUGCCAAUUUGUUCUAUAUCGAGACGAUAUUGAAGCAUCUUGGGAUACGAGAAUGUUUCUCCGAGAUUAACACGAACCCUGGAUUCGUCGACGAAGAAGGAAAGUUAAGGAUUUUGCCAUACCAUGAUUUCCACACAUUCUCUCAUGGUUGCAACCUUUGCCCUCCCAACAUGUGCAAGGGUAAAAUAAUAGAAAGAAUUCAAACGACGUUAGAAAACAAAACGAUCAUAUAUUUGGGAGAUGGUGCGGGUGACUUUUGCCCGAGCUUAAAGCUUACAAAAGAAGAUUACAUGAUGCCGAGGAAAGAUUUUCCCGUGUGGGAGUUGAUAUGCAAAAACGGUGACCUUGUUCAAGCUGAUGUACACGAAUGGGCGGACGGGGAAGAGCUCGAGAGAGUUCUCAUUCAACUUAUCACGACGAUUAUUUCGAUGGAUGAAAAUGUUGUUGAUAACACAAAUCAAUUGUUUGAUUGCAAGUUUGAGACCAUUGGGCAUAAGGUUUUGCCUAAACCACUCUAUGUUCCAUGAUAACUAUUGUAUAACUAUCCAAAAAUAUUGGAUCUACAUAAAAUAAUAUAUAUUGAGCUCUUGGAUCUAUUUAAAUAUUUAUGUUAUGUGUUUUUGUAUAUUCUAA